AUGUUGUUUCUUUUUAAAGGAUCACUGUUGGUUCCCUAUUCUUUGCCGGCCAGAUUUCAGUCUGCAAGCUUUUAUCAAAUUCUCUCUCUCUCUCUCUCUCUCUCUUACUCUCUCUCCUUCUCUCUCCCCUUUCUUGUUCUCCCUAUCCCGCUCUACUGCACUCCCUCUCCCUCUCUUUUGCUCUCUCGCCCUCUCUUUUGCACUCUCCCAUCCUCUCUCUCUCUCCCGCUCUUUUGCACUCUCUCUCUUCCUCUCACACUAUCUCUCUCUUCCUUUCUCUUCUUCUCUCUCACUUCUUAUUCCUCUUUUUUCUCUUUCCUUCUCGAUUCUCUUUUCAAAUAUAUUCAUUUCAAACUUUUUCCUUCUCCCCCCUCUCUUUCUCUCUUUCUCUCUCUCUUUCUUUCUCUUUCUCUCUCUCUCUCUCUCUCUCUCUCUCUCUCUCCUUUCAUUUUUAGUAUUAGUCUUUACUCGGCUUAUAUUAUAUCUAUCAAUAAUUUAAUCUCUCUAUUCAUCUCUUCUUCUUCUUCAUGUUCUCAAUAUUUUUCGUCUGUUCGCUCACCCGCACUCUUCUCUCUCUCUCUCUCUCUCUCUCUCUCUCUCUUUCUUUCUGUCCGUUUCCUUGAAGGUUUUUCUCUCUCCCCAAGCACCCCACCCCACCCCACCCUCUCUCUCUCUCUCACACAUACACACACACACACACCAUCCAUCUAUCUAUCUAUCUAUCUAUCUAUCUAUCUAUCUAUCUAUCUAUCUAUCUAUCUAUCUAUCUAUCUCAGUCAUUUUAUUAUCUAUCUAUCUAUCUAUCUAUCUAUCUAUCUAUCUAUCUAUCUAUCUAUCUCUUUUCAUUCUUUUUGA